UCGCACUCUCCACGGGUCCGCAUCGCGUAGCUGUGCUGUGAAAUUUCGUUGCGGGAUCAGUUGACAAAACGACGGAGAGACGCGUCAUCAGGGUGAACCGAGCCGGGAAAGCCUGUGAUGAGGCUGAUAUGCUCGCGACACGGAGCUUGACUGGGCCGCAGGAAGGUCUCGACCAUUUCAUCCUCCUGCCCGAUUGCGUCCUCGCCAUGGACAGUGCCCAGCUCAAAAGAGACCUGGCUGGUCUGCAAUUCAGCCUGCACCUCCUCAGCGACGGGCCCAGUGGCAGCGUUUGGCUAUCGGGCGCCACUCCAGCCGACCAGAAACAGAACGGUCGGCCGUCAACAGCUAAGCAAGGUCUCCACUGGUUUGCAGAAUGCGCAAGCCCUGUGUUCAGCCAAGAGAGGAGACAUCGUCAAACGAACGGGUCCACAGCGAGCGCCUCCACUUCCGGACUCUGGUUCUCUGAUGACCUCGGCUUAGAAGGUAAAGAGGGCACCCAAGUCGACCGAGAGGAGAGGCUCAGGCUCCUUAGGGAAAAACAAAAUGACGAACGACAGAGGAAACUUGAGGAGCUUAAACAACAGGCAUUGGCUGCUCAAAAGUUCCGUGAGCAGAAGGAGGAGGAGAGGAGAAGAAGAAUGGAGGAGCUGAGGAUGCGAGAUACGGACAGACGGCAUCAGGUGGAAGAGCGGAAGAGGCAGAUAUGGGAGGCAGAGAGGGAUAGAAGAGAAGCCAUUCUACGUAAAAAUCAAGAGCGUGAAGCCAGGAUAGAAUCAAAACGAAAAAAUGAAAGAAGCCAGAUAGUGUUUGCAUUCGGAAGUUCGACACCGAGGAUGCUCGAGCCUGGAGAAACAUCUCCUUACUGGGCGACAAGAAGGGCUACUUCAACGACAAACGUUAUGACACUUUCAUUGUCAGCGACUCCCGGUCCGUUAACAAGGCGGUCUUCAGAACGGGAAUUGGACGGAAGUAAAAAGAGAGCCACUUCUGCUGGAGGGAUUGAAAGAAAACCACAGCACGAUCCUCUUCGGAUGACAAGCUCUUCGGUAUACGAAGUGUUCCAUUGGGGUUUGUCCCCAACAACAACAGAAAGAUCUUUUAACCGUGAUGAUGAUACCGAUAGCCCGAUGGGUGCGACGACUUGGAGAAAAGAUGCCGCAAGAAGGAAAACCGACCUUACGCCGACUCUUCCAGCGUCGAAGGAUCCAGGAAUCAGGACACCGCCUUCAGGGAAAAAGUGCUCUCCAGGUAGGGCCUACUCGAUGUCACGUCUGGACAUCUUAGCAUCCCCUAGACGCCCAAAACUCCCACAGCCUCACGCCCCAAUCUCUAAGGGCAUCGAGGUCUACCGAUCGAUGUCGGUCCUCCCAGGAAGUGAUAAAGCGCCAAAGAACUCCAUGAAAGGCGCUAAAAGCAUGCUUCACUUAAGUCCAACACCUCCACCGAGAGCCACUAGGGCUGAGCGACUCAGGAAAAAAGCGAGAGAGAUGGCGCAGAAAAGCCCUGAGGCUUCAGGUGUGCGAAGUGGCGAGUUGACACCCUCAAGGCCUCAGAGUUCCAUGUCGCAGCACAGCAUAACGAGCAAUCUGUCAUCAGCGUCAGCAAGCCUUCGAAACAGGUCAGCGAUGACACCUAGGCGACCUAGGCCGGUUAGCAUAGCUGUGACAGGAGUCACUUCUGACAAAAGUUUAGAUCGAAUCAAAUCACCCGGUGUCGGGGGUACAGAUAAGCCUCCAAUACCAAAAGUACAUUCAUCUAAGAAACCCCUAACAUCGAAGGUUGAAACACCUCCGAAAAAAAUGUCUGAAAAACCUAAAUCGACAAAGAGCUCAGCAUCAACAACACCUAAAUCUACGACCCCGUUACAAUCUCCGAUUGUGGAAGUAGAAGGAACGCACAUGCCUACAACAUUAACGAGUUCAACCUUGUCGGAACAAUUAGUCAAAGUAGAAGAUAACAAGACAGAAGUCAUUACAAAUACAAAAGAAGUAGUAGAAACAGAAACAAAGGCUGAACUAAUCGAGCUUAAGAAAAACGAUAACGAAGAAAAAGUACAACAGGCGCACAGUACUCAGCCAGAACCUCAAGCCCCGUCGCAGCCUGAAGUAGUUUCUGUACCGCAAGACCUGGUUAAACAGCCUCCCAAAGAAGCAGAAAAAGCCAGUGAAAAUAACGAUCUGGCUGAGGCGGACAUGACUGCCUCGAUGAAUGCGAAAGUGCGCAUUACGACUGAAGAAGCAGCGAAGGCGGCUUUGGCCGAAAGAAGACGGCAGGCGAGAGAACAAGCUGAAAGAGAAGCAGAGCUUGAACGGCAACGACUCGAGGCUGAAAGGCUUGCUGAAGAGGAACGGCUUAGAAAAGAAGAAGAAGAACAGAAGAGAAUGGAAGAAGAACAGCUCAGACUUCUCGAAGAAGCUAGAAAAGCUGAAGAGCUUAGAUUGCAACAAGCUAUUGAAGAAGCAAGAAAGCGUGAUGAGGAAGAAAAGAAGCGAAAAGAGGAAGAACUUAAACUAAAAUUAGAAAAAGAAGAAGCUGAUAAAAAAGCUAAAGAAGAAGCUGAAAAGUUAAGAAUUGAAAUGGAAUUGAGACUGAAAAAAGAAGAGGAAGAUAGACAAGCGAGAAGAAAAAGAGUCGAAGCAAUCAUGCUGCGAACAAGGGGUAAAGGGAGUAUGACUUCGAACACAGCUUCCUCAAAAGAUGGUGAAGACGAAGACAAUAGUCCUCCAGAAGAUGGCAAAAAAUCCCCUGAAGGCGUAGGCUCGGAGACGAAUCAGUUUAUCAACUCUGAGAGAAGCCAUACAGAUGCGAAUACAACAAAUUCACAACAGAACAACAGGCACAACGGUCACCACCUCAACGGCUCAUACAAUUCUGUGGCCCAGAAUAAUGUGGCAAACUCAUUGAUUGUCAAUCUGGGAGAAGAGCGAGUGGGUCAGAUCCUGGAUCUUGAGAAUGGCGGAAGUGGAAAGUUACCUUCUGAACAGCCUCAGUUUAUCCCGCAAUUCCAGGAAAAGAAAGAACCGCACACAGUUAACGAUUUGCUGUCUUAAGUGUGUUUUGGCACAAACAUGAGUAUGACAGAGAAAAUUGUUUAGUCGUUCUGUGAAAUCACGAAGGAAUCUUUCAUAAAUGAAAUUACUCGCAUGUAAUCUUUCUUGUAAUUUGUUUGUUUAUUAUUAUUUUGUUUUAUUAUUUUUUGUUUCUAGAAAGUCGCUAACUCAUUCAAAUUAAUUUAUCAGAAUUUUUUUUUCUUUUUUUAAAUUUGUUUUCAGCAUCGGCUGAAAUGUACUUUUUGAAUUGCGUCGACAAUUAUUAUAAAAUGGCCGUUUCUAUCAUUUUCAUCCUGGUGGUAAGAAAGACUGAGUUUUAACGAAAUGAAACUUGGGUCGAAAAUUUUCCCAUCUAAACUGAGUUUCAGCUGAAUCAAACAAACUUAGUCAAAGUAGAAAAUAAAAUGUCAAAAGAAAAUAGUUAACCUUUGUACUUGGUGUUUAUCAGAUUUUUUUCUAUUAUGAAAUCUCCUGGAUAUUGAUUUAAGCAACAAAUUAACAAUAAAUUUCAAAUAGAUUUUUAAAUGGGUGUCUCGUGUCAUUACUCAAAAUUUAACUUGGUGUUUCUGACUUAUUCUGUACAACUUAGAUUAUCCCGAUUUUCACCUUUUUUUUUUUCUCUUCAUUUUUAAAUCAGAAAAUAAUAAUUUUGAAUUUUAAUUUCUUUUUGUUAAUAGAUGAAAUGCUUGUAGUGUAUAUAACACUCAGUUGAGCUUGUAACAAUUAUUGUAAAUUGCAAAAUAAAAUUUAAAUGACUAAAAAAUUUUUAAAACAUAUUUAAAAGAAAAAGAAAAUAUUUCAAGAGGGUUUGCCUUUUGCUGGAUAUAUUUGUAACAUAUUGUGGAAUUAAGAAUACAAAGAAUUAAAAAAGAGAUACUUUUUUUUAAAUAAUGUAUUUAUUAUAUCACAUUUUUGAUGAAUGGUAUGAAUUUAAUGAAUGUAAAUAGUGUUAUAAUUUUUGUGCAUUAUGUUUUUUUUUCCUCUUUGUUAAAAGUUUUAAGUUUAUUUCAGAUUCACAAAAUUGUUUUCACUAGUCUAGCUGAGAGAAUU